UUUCAUUCUGCGCAAACAUCAAAAAAGUGACCACGAAUGCAAAGUUUCAAUAUUCCCGUUCAAAAUUCCAUUUAAAGCCUUCGAACUCCGCCGGAAACGAUGUCGGAGGAAGCAACGGCAGCCGCGGGAGUGCCCCCGAAGGAGGACUACAUCCAGAAGCGGCUGAACAAGAUCUUGGAGAAUCGAAUCGACUCCGACCGGGAAACGCUCGAUGCGCUGACGGAUCUGUCCCAGUUUUACACCGAAAAUACGCUCCAGUCCCGGCGGAACCUGCGAAGCCAGAUCGAGCGGAGGAGCCUGGCGAUUAAUGAGAACUUCCUAGCCGCAUUCCGUGAGGUCAAACUGGCCCUGGACGAUAUCUGCGGGGACAUUGACGCUGUCAGCGAUUCUGUAGAUAGCAUGAAAAACCUUCUCAGCAGUACGGAAGCUCAGCAGAAAGAGCUCAUCCAGCAGGCUAACACACUGCAAGAAGAUAACAACAAACUUUUACUGCAACAACGGAUCGCAACGGGUUUUCUAUCACGUUUCCAACUGUCCGUUACGGAACAUCAAACGCUGUACGGGGCCACUCGGGAUGAGCCGAUAACGGCGGAAUUUUUCAACGUUCUCGACCACGUCCAGUUGAUUCACGCCGACUGCCGGACUCUGCUUCAGAGUGGCUAUCAAACGGCUGCGCUCGAUAUCAUGGAAGAGAUGACUCUGCACCAGGAAGCGGCCCUGGAACGGCUGUACCGUUGGACGCAGAGUCACUGCCGAAACGUGGACGCCAACGAGAUUGGGAUGUUGGUGAUCCAGGGGAUGGCACGGCUUCAGGAGAGACCCGUCUUAUUUAAGUACGUUAUUGAUGAGUAUUCAACGGCUCGGCGAUCGGUCGUGGUGAGAAGUUUCAUCGAUGCGCUGACCGUUGGAAGUUCGAGCGCGAAGCCGAUUGAAAUGUUGGCCCAUGAUCCGAAACGGUACAUUGGAGAUAUGUUCGCUUACAUCCAUCAAAUUUUGCCGGUUGAAAAGGAGAACCUUUUGAUGUUGGUUAAAAUGUGUGAUAAAGAUAUAACCGAGCAGAUCCAACUGGCUAUGACGACCAUUUCCGACGGAGUUUGUCACCCGCUGAAAGUUCGAGUUGAAACAAUUUUGAACUCUGAAAAUGACACAAUCGUUCUGUACUCGAUCUCCAAUUUAAUGCGGUUUUAUCAAAAUAUCAUCAACAAUGUCGUGAAAGGUGGUCAGCUUGAACAGUGCAUGGUUGAGCUGCAAGCUCAUUCGGAGACUUCAUACCUACGAUCACUCACCUACCAAGUCAAACAACUCUUAACCGGACCGAACGAACACAAACUUGGUUUGGAACCUCCAUCAACGGAUUUGGUACCGUCCCUCAGUGUUGGACGUCUCCUGAACCUUCUGAAAGAAAUCCUAUCCGUGGCCAGCAUGGUCGAAGGCAGCCAAUCCGACAUCAUCAAAAUCGUUUCCUGCGUAAUCGACCCACUUCUUCAGUCAAUCCAAGAAUCGGCUUCACACCUUCCGACCACCGACAUGGCCGUCUACCUACUAAACUCGCUGUAUCAAAUCGAAAGUGUUUUAACCAUUUACGAAUACAUGGAGGAACGACUGGAACGUCUCCAAGCCCAAUCGGACGCCCAACUGGACACGCUGACAUCGGAACAGGCUUCCUCGCUGGUCGCAAAUCUUAACCUUGGCCCAAUCUACACCGUUCUACAGAGCAGUGCAUCGCAGAUCGAACAGCGUCAUCUACAGCUGUUUAUGUCCAAGCUCGACAGCUUCCUGGAGAUGCCGGAAAUACUGCUGCUGCCGCAGGUCAACCUGUUGCUCAGUGGAGUGCACCGUGCGACGGUGCAAAAGCGUUCCUUCAACGUGAUUGUGGCCAUCUACAAGCAGAUUUACGAGCGCAUCCACGACCCAGCCGGUGGGUUCGAGCGGCCGGAGACGGUCCUGGCGAAGACGCCCGAACAGGUGGCGGAGCUGCUGUGCGGUUGAGGUUUGUUCUUUUCCCGCCUAUUAGUCUGGAGUGGAGUGGAGUGCCACUCACACCGAGGAGGGGGUUUCGAUCUGAUUCGUGGGAUUUAUGCUCCGUCAGCGUAGAGACUAAAGGCAUCAAGUGAGCAGCCAGCAGAAGCAGCACUU